CUACAGGAAGGAAUGCUGUGUGUUCUUCGAAGAGUAAAUGAAAAGAAGAAAGAAGGAGGAGGAGGGAGGACACAGUGGGAGGGAUCUCUGCAGAGGCUGCAGCGUGGCGGCUGGUCUAAAUGAAAGAACCCCUCAGACUCUUUCAGUCCCUGCUGUCUGUCUAUUUGCCUGUCUUUCUGCCUGCCCAUCUGCCUGCCUAGCUUGUGCCUAUUUCAGCUGAGGGAGCACGUCCAGAGCAAACACAGGAAGAGUCUCAAGGUGACUUCAGCCUGGAAGUAAAUAUUUUUCACAAACCCUGGAUGAAGGUGGAAUAUUUUAAUGUUCAAAUACCCCUUAAAGGUGUUUUUGCUCAUGGAGACAGAAGCAGGACGGAGCURCGUUGUGUCCCUCUGAUCCGGAGAAGUCCCUGCAUCUGAAUUCUGUUUUAUCUGUGCACACACAGUGUUACGUAUGAGGGCGGUGUGUGUGGGUGGAUGAUGUAACCCAACCUGAGCACUCUGAAUGUCUCUGGUCGACUUGCAGGCAGAUCCUGUUGGAGAAUCGAGAAAAUUUCCCCUCAAGCUGAUUUUAUUUUAUUUUUGGUCCAAACGACGGACGUCUCUUGAAGCCAGAGACAGCUUAUUUACAUCAUGACUCUACAGACCAGUGUUCUGGUCUCCCGGUACACCUCGUGGUCUAUUCUUUCUUCCAAACUACUUCCACUGGUCCCGCUGUUGCUCCUCCAGACCAGAUGGGGGUGCUGUCACCCACAAUGUUUGGAUUACAAGCCUCCAUUUGGGCCUCAGCAGCCACUGGUCUUCUGUAAAGAGUACACCAAGUUUGGAUGUUGUGAUCUAAAUAAAGAUGCAGAAAUAUCCACAAGGUUUUACAAGAUCAUGGACAACUUUGACCACUCUGGUUUUACAACAUGUGGGAAAUACAUCCGCACCAUCCUCUGCCAGGAAUGUUCUCCAUAUGCCGCCCACCUGUAUGAUGCUGAAGAUGCCAACACACCUAUGAGGGUUCUGCCUGGUCUGUGUCGAGAUUACUGCUCRGACUACUGGCGGGAGUGUCGAUACACACUCAGCCUCCUCCUGGAGGACUUGGGGAACCCACAGCAGUUUGCUAACKUGACUUCUGCAUUAGAAGAAGAUCACAAAAGGUUUUGUGAUUUUCUGGAGCUUAAGGACAAACAGUACUGCUACCCCAAUGUCUUGACGGAUGCAGGCGUCUGAUGUCUCUGAAGGAGGACGCAGCAACAGGUGAAUGGCAGUACAAUGAGAUCUGUAUGGGACGAGACCAGACCUGCAGAUUUCCUAAACUCAUCAACAGUUAUUACAGAUACAUCAUCUCCUUUGCUGAGGAUGAAGCAGGUGAACUGUAUUUCUUAGCCACUAGAGUUGCAAGUGCCACAGCCAGAACAGGAGUCAUCUAUAAGAUGGUGGAUCCUUCCAGACGAGCACCGCCAGGAAAAUGUAGCAUCAAACCUCUACCUGUUAAGAUAAAAGGAAAACUCAUUCAUUUCCACCCAAGAGAGGAGUUUGUCAUCAACAAGAAACCCACCACGACGCCCAUUCCAACAACAACUGUAAAAACCACAGCUAAAGCUACAACWAUAAAAAAACAGAUACCGGUAAUAAGAAAGCCUAUAAUAAUAAGAAAGCCCCCAAUGCCAACGAGACCAACGAGAAAAAGGCCGCCGGCAUCGCCAACAACAGCAGCAAGAAAAACGACGAGCAAGACAACGAGCUCGGCCGUUCAAGCCACAAUGAAAACAAACGCAGCCACAACCGUAAAACCAACGGCUGUCCAGACGGGCACGGCGCAUCCCGCCACAACUGCAUCGACCGGUUACCGUGCUACCGUCAUGACUGCAGCCUUCUCUAGGAUUGUCACCACACCGGCAACAAAGAUAAACAGUAGACCUUAUGUCACUGGUACAACCCCACUACCUUUAAACUUUCCACAGCCCCUUCCUCCAACUCUACCCUCGCCUCUGAAACGGCCCCAGGCUGUUGUGACUUCUCCAUCCCAUCGUAAACAUCCUGUAGUGUUAACCACAACAUGGGCGCCAUAUUUCAACCUGAAGCCCACCCUAACAUCUGCAAAGCUCCAGAAAACACCAGCUCCUAAAGCAUGGGAAGACAAACGGAUGCCUGGAAGGAAGCCGGAAAGUGCUGGAGAGGGUAACCAAGUACACAAGAGGCCCCGAGGUAGUGGUCGAGGUUCCAAGAGAGGAAGAGGAGGGAAAAGGCUGCCAGCCGGAUCUGUGCGACUUGUAAAUGACGACGGUUUGUCAGAUCGAGGCAGGGUGGAGAUCUUUAUCCGAGGGGAGUGGGGGACGGUGUGCGAUGACCUUUUCACCAGGAAAGCGGGUUCGGUCGUGUGUCGACAGCUCGGCUUCACGAAUGUGCUGGCUGUGAUGAAGAGGGCCAUGCUGGGAUCGGCCGACAGCAGAGUCAAGAUCCUGCUGGACGAUGUGGAGUGUGAGGGUGGGGAAAGAUCUCUGCUGGAGUGCAAGAGGUCACAGGUGGGGAAACACAACUGUUCACACGAGGAGGAUGUUGGCGUGAUUUGUGGUUGACAACAAAGAAAAGAACAGAUCACGGUUGUCUCAAAGGAAUUUGCAAUUUGUGGGACUCUGUGUUUGCUUUUUUAAUGCAGAUUUUUCCUUUGUCCCACCCCCCYACACACACACUUUUUUGUGUUUGUCACACAAAAACUUGAGUCUUUGAAUUUAAAGUUUGUUUACAUUGUAUCAGUUCAGUAUUAAGCAACUUAAGAAGCACUAAAAUGUAAAAAAAUCCUAAUGUUACAAAAAACAGUAUUUGUAGACUUUUUCCACUAAAUGUUUAAACAUCAACCUGAAGGUGAAUGUGAUUGUACUUCCAUUUUAAACUAUUUUCAUUAAAAGCUUUAAAAAAUGUAUUUACAACUAAACUAAAACACUCUGAUGAAGGCAAGACCUUGUAUUUUUAUCCUAGUAUUUCAUCUGUCAGGUUUUUUUUUUGUUUGCUUUUUUGGAAGGAUAUUUGAAACCAGUUUAAACCAUUUGAAUGUAGCCCUAAGUUGAUUUUUAUGUUGAAAAUGCUGGACAUUUUGAAAAAUAAAUUAGAUAAAAAUG